AUGCCACCACACCUGCACCCCCGCUCGUCAGCGACAACCACCCUCUUCGCGUCCACCCUUGCCGCUUCCUUCAUCAUUGUCGGCAUCCCACAUAUCUUCCCCUGUCCCGCGCCGAGGAAGGGCUAUCUCGAUGAGGAUGGCAAGGUAGUAGGAAAGAGGCGCAGAAGAAGGGGGAGUGAUGGCGCUGCUGGGGUUGCCAACACACAGGCAUAUGACGCAGAUACUGGGCCAGAAAACGCGCAGAUAGGCUUAGAUGGAGAACUGAAGUCUCUACUCGGCACCGUCCAGCUAAGAGGAAAGUCAUCAUCAGUGGGCAGGCCGUCUAUCAAGGGCGAUGCCAUCGCUGGUGAGGAAGAAGAGGAGGACGACAACGACGACAUGAGAGCGCUGUUCCGAGGGAUGAAGAAAGAAGAAGCCGCGAUGGAAUUACGAAGCAGAGAGUGUCCUGUCCCAAAACCCCGAGGCAAGAUAGGAGAGCUGCUGGGGUUUGGAAGAGAUGGGAGAAGACAAAGGGUUGAGGAUGAAGAUAGUGGUCAGAGGGUAAGGUGA